UCACGCGUGCUGCGUGUUGACUCGUGCCCAGCGGGCUUGCAUGCGCAUGCUUGUGCCCGCACGCAUGCGUGGUCAUCACCCUCCUGCCCCUCCUCCUCGCCCUCGUGCUGCUGCUCCUCCAGAAAGCUUCCUGCUCUUGUCGCCCUCCGUAGUCGUCUUGGCCCUAUCACUCUCCAAGCAUGCCCCACCCUCCUCCGCUCCCCACCCUCCUGGUCAAGCGUGCCGUCCGAUCCCGCACACAGUAAUUCCGUACGCACAUGAGACUGUCGCUGGGUGCCUUGAGGGCCCUGGCAGUCACGAGUGCUCUGGCCGCGGCGAGGGCUCUCGAUCUGGGGACCGGCCAGAGCGCCCGGCUCGCCGGGUGCACCGGCGGGUGCGACCGGGUGAACGACGAGCUCAAGGCCGAGGUGGAUGACGGCUUCCCGUCGCGCCCAGGGAGGCAGUCGUGGAGUGACCAGCUGAUGAAGGUCGUGCAGGGCGGGUCGAGCAGCCCCUGCAGUGCGGACAUCGUCGCGACGUCCUACGGGAGGUACAUGGGGUUCUGCUCGCGCAUGAACACAUUCGCAGACGAGCUUUUCGCGGCGGUGUACCGCGGCCGCUCCUUCUCCCUGUGUCAAAGCAACAAAGAUCGCUUCAUAGACAGGAUCUGGUCGCCUCACUUCAAGAACAUUGCGAACUUCUCCAUGUGCGCUAGCCCCAAGGGCUUCUGCGAGCACGGGAACUCUUGGGACACGCUCCACGUGGCGAACAAUUUCGCCGCAAAGCUCAAGUGGUUCGACCACGAGUACCUCGAAGACUUCAUGCGCUUCCUGUACCCGUACAUCUUCACCCUCGCGGAGGGCACCCAGCACCUGGUCGACCAGCGACUCGAGUCCGCUGGGCUCGUCGCGGGGGAGCCCUACGUCGCCAUCCACGUGCGACACGGGGACAAGACCUCGGGCAUCCACAGGGAGGCGGAGCCAAUCGAAGCGGACUCCUACGCCGACGCAGCCCGCAGCCUGCUCCUCGGGAGGCGCAGCGGCGCGGGCGCCGCGGCGCUGCGAGGGCUGCUGCUCGGGCAGCUCCGCGCCGCCAACGCCUCGGUGGUGUACGUCGCCAGCGACGACGACGGCGCUGCGGAGGCGAUUGGGGCGGCGCUGGGCGGGGGCGUGCGCGUCGUGCAGCAGCCGCGCGGCUCGGGGGCCAGCUACCAAUCCCGCGGCUACGAGGCGGACGAGGACCUCGUGAGCCUACUGACCGACGUGGAGGCACUGCGGAGGGCCCGCGCGUUCGUCGGGACCGCCAGCAGCAACGUCGGGCGCCUCGUCUACCUCCUGCGCCCCAAGGGCAGCGCUUCGAUCAGCCUGGACAAAGGGGGGAACUGGAUGUGGCGUACGCUGCAACAGGUUUAGACCGAGGCCCUGCGGCAGUCGUUUAAAGUAGUCAGUGCUCUAGACAGCUCCUCUCAUUUUCGCCGAUCGCGAAGUAGAAACGAAUAUGACGAAUUAGGGGUUAUGGAUUAGAACCUGGAGAAACAAACUUGGUAAUUCAGAUCCGCUCAUGCCGCCUUUGUGCCCAUAUAUCCUGCGAUCCUCUCGGCCCAUAUAUUUGGACAACACUCGCGCCGCUCAUUCCGCAGUGCGUGGGGAA